AUGGCAUAUAAGUUGUCAGUUAAGUGUAAUAGUGGUCAUAACUACUCACUUCAUGAUUAGAAAAAUUAAUCCAAUUUGAAUAUCCGAUUAGAAGAAAGUCUUGCUAUUGUAAGUUAUGUGGAAAUCUCGGCUAAUUUCAAUAGCAAAAUUCAAAUUUACCAACAUAAAAGAAUAUAUAAUUUAGUAAAUAGAAGAGAAUCAAAAGAAAGCUAAGUUUUGGAGAUGAAAUUAAAACUGACUUUCCUAGCGAAUAGAGUUAAAAUGAGAGUGAGAAUGGAAGACGAAUUAGAUAAAAUAAUAGGUCAAUUUCAUUACCCCUUAAAUACCAACAAGGAUCCUCAAAAAAUGAUUGCACCUAUCAAGAAAGCAGUACUAAAACAAAGAGAAAAAGCUGUGAAUGUAGUGAAUGUGGAAAACUUAAUCCAUUUUAAAUAAAGAGUCAAGAAAUAUCAAUCCCUUCAAAAUAGAGAAAGAUCAAGUAGUUUUAAAUUAAAAGGUAACCUAAGUUCUAGUAAUAUGGAUCAGCAGACUUUUAGAUAUAAAGCAAGAAGGUUGUUCAAAAGACAAUAAUGUUUUCACCUAAGAGUUCAAGAUCCUUUUAGGUGAAAUAAAUCAAUGAAAUGAGAAGGACUAAAGAUGUCAAUACUCUAGUAAGUAAUCGUAUAUCCACAAGGGAUUUAGACUAACAUCAGAAAUACAAUAACAGCAAGGUUUCAAUAAUUAAUUCAUGUCGAUAAUUAGAUUCUUAGAAAAUUCUACAAGGAAAAUCUCAAUUACAAAAUAUCCAUAAGGCAGUUUUACCGUUUUCUAAUUUAAAAUGGAAGAGUUAAUGA